CGAACAAAAAAAAAACCAAAACCAACCCCGAUUCUAAUUACCUAUGAUCUAAGGUUUGCAAAGUUUACCUAAGAUAUUAAGAUAUUUCCAUUAUUUAUUAAUUAAGGUAAUAAGGAUAACGAGUAAGAAAUCUAGUGGACGUUUUGUCUGCCAGAGUUUCUGCCUUCCUAUCACCACCACCGCCACCACCAUUAUCAUCGUCAUCGUCAUCACCACCACCAUCGUCACAAUUGUUCUUAGACAACCACUGUUCUUGUAGAGAUGCUCUCACGUUUCUCGCACCUCUAGUGUGGACGAAUAAUAAGAUCUUGUUAUAUUUAUUUACUUAAUACUCAGGUAUCUAUUCUUCUGUUAUUUUCUAUCGCGCAAACCACCAGCCAUACACUGGCUUAACUAGAUACAAUGGAGAGAAAACGAAAGUUGCCAGCAAGAGCAGCUGCGAGAGUCGAUCAUGUUUCCAAGAAACGCACUGGAACCCCUCCCGAACGAUCUCUUACUCCGGUACCUGCGUCAGCAACGACAACAACUCCAGUGGCAGCUCCAGUACAAAAUCCGGCACAUUCUGAAAAUAUCCCCGAAGAACCGCAAUUACCGAAGUCCAUUCAAGCCGGCCAUCCCUUGCCAACCGUAGAACAUCCGCAACCUGAUGAUCUGAUGAGUAGAGACUAUCAGUCCAUCCAAGAGAGUGGUGUUGUGGCCGAAUCGCUAUCGAGAUCGCGUCAGAAAUGGAUUCAUGAGGGUAUCUUCGAAAAGUACUGGACUAAGCCCACGAAACGAAAAGGGGUCGUCAAAGAAGAUCCGAGCAACCCCCCGAAAGACAGUAUGGCAAAGAUUGGUCAAGUCACAAUCACUGUCGAGCCUCAUGUUCUUGAAGCUACUAUGUAUGCUGUUAAGGAUCCGAAACACGCACCAACCACCAACUCUACCUUCCGACCUAUAAUGCAGUAUGGUCCACCGAAAGGCGUCAUGCCUCCUCCAAAACUAACUGCCCCAUCCACCCCCAUAACUUCGACAGCCUCGCCGGCAUCGCCUUCGCACGCCCCAGCCCAGUCAUCCCUUCAACCGCCAUCGGCAGCGCAAGUCCAAACUCCGACUCAGACACAACAAUCCGAUUUACAGCGGCCAUCAUCGUCUACUCCCGUAACUAACAAGCCAUUAGCCUCCCCUCGAGGUUUAGAAUCUGUCCUUGCUGCCCCACAACACCCACCGGCACUCCCUCCUACGGCUGGCCCUUCUUCACAACCAGCACCGCCCCAAUCAAAAGGGCAUCCCCAACCCGGCUCGAUUACCAACCGGCAACUGCAUGCCCCCAGUCCGCCGGCACCCACAGCAGUCGCCACUUCUGGAGCUAAACCUUCCGCCCCGGCCGCCAAACCGGCGACACCGACGGCGCCUGGGGCCGAUCCCAUAAUUGUCACAUUGGCGGAGAGAGCAUCCGAGGAUCCCCAGCUACGAGAUCUAAUGAAGCGUGUGGCUAUAGGGGAUGCUGCGCCGAACGAAUUGGCUCAUUUUCAAAAGAUAAUUGACCAAAUUACCGCUGACUACAAGAGGAAAGGCGGUCAGCACGGGCCAUCAGCGGACCGGCUUCUUGUGGACGGUAGGACGGUUAAGUAUUUCGCAGAUGAAGUCCGAACUAUCCUUGAUAUUAUCCUUGCUUCCAAUCCACAGCAGAGGUCGAUCGAUUUACGGGCACCGCCUGGGAGCGACCCUUUGGUAAUUCUUCUGGUGAAGAAGGCCUUGGACGACGCGACGACGCGGGACAUUGUUCGAAGAAUAGCGGAAGGGAAGACCAAAUUUACAGAUGCCACAGAUUUAAAAGCGACGCUUGACAAGUUAAAAGAUCUCGUGGCGAAAGAAACGCCGAAGUCUCAGCAGGCAACAGUUGCGAACGGGACAGAAAACUCGACGAUAGUAAACGGUACCACAUCGAGAAAAGCCUCUCUUGCUACGCCCAGCCAACCUAUUCAUGCGUCCAGUUCGCAGCAAGCCCUUCGCUCGAAGGGGCCACCGCCUUCUGCGAAACCUGACAUCUCAGCCGUUGUGCUCGAGUUUUCGGGCGGCACCGGAGAUAGGUACUUAUUUCCUAAGUAUAGUAUUCUUGAAUAUGCCAACCCCACCCAGAUCAUAGCAUCGUUCCUCAUCGUACGCAAGGGGAGCAGGUUGGAAUACGGAGGUGAUCCGGUGCUGGAUUACUAUCAGCCCGUGACAGUUCGGAUAUUUGCGCAGUCUAGCAAGCACCUCGAGAAUUUGACCAGGGUUGUUGCUCCUCAAGAUGAUGUACGACGUUACAUGGACGAUGUCAUGGAUAAUAUGACUCGAGCUGAGUAUGUACUUCUCGCAAUGCGUCUGCCGAGAGCCGAUAAAGAAGAUCAGGCCGAAGAGAAUCCAAACACGCCAAAGGCAGACCUGUCAAGCCAACCUCAACAACCUGGCGUGUUGUGGGCGGGGGUGAGCAAAACAACCGCGGUGACUCCACCACAGAAGACUGCGGUGAAGCCGCUGGGUGAUGAUGAGCAAUAUCAGAACUUCGUCGCUACUGUAAGUUAGAAAGAAAGGGUAUCAGCUGCACUCCGUUGCUUGCGUUUGCGUCUUCUGAGAAUCGCGAGCGACGAAUGUGUAUUCCUAAGUCUAAAGAAAUGGUGGGAUAUUAGGCGGAGACAAUGCUUUUGGGGUUUGUCGGGUUUGAAGGUUUGCUUUGAGAUACCUGAGCCAGCGGGAUAGGCG